AUAACACUUUACUCGGCAUCACUAUCUGACCUUAUACACGCCACUAUACACAUGCGGUGGUGCUGUCGGGGAGCCGCGUCCUGACAGGACCCACGAACUUCACGCUCCGCCCACACACGCACUAUUUUCCUGCACCUAUCCUACCCCUAACAUCACCCUUUCACCUAUCCUAUGUUGUACACGUCGCUCAGAGCCGAACUUCCAAGCCCACACCCUAGAAGAGCUACCUCGCACCGUCCCUCCUGACCUGCAGCCCACCUCUUUGCCUCCUGCCCCAAGCCACGACCAAUUCCAAUCAUUUGCGCUUCUGGGGUGGCGGGGGCGCCUUGUACGUCUUGGCUGUUACGCGGUUGAGCAGCUGCUUCACCUGGUUGGUGUGAAGGCAGUGCAGGAACUCCGUGAGCGUCAGAAUCUUGCCGCUGUUGAGGUCUGCCGUGCCAAACACCUGCUCCAGCUGCAUGUCAAGCUCCGCUCGUCCGUACCGGAGGUACAUGAUCUGCAUGGCCUCCUCCAGCGUGAUAAACCCCUGGUUGUUCUUGUCGUUCAUCACGAACUCCACCACGUUGAAAAGCCCACGCGGCUCGUAACCCGUCUUGUCGUCGCGGCACCGCGUGUAUAGCGUUUGGAACUCCAGCAAGCUUAUGCAGCCGUCGCAGUCCUCGUCCACCUCCCAUAUCAUGUCCUCCACCUCGCCACGCUUGGGUUUAUGUCCCAGCCGCAGGAAAAGCUCCGUUAGCUCCUCUGCGUCAAUCUUCUUAUCGCCCUUGCUGUCUAUUGUGUUAAAGGCACGCUCAAGCUCGUUUUGCUCAUUCUUCCGAGCAUAUCGCUCGCGCGCCGCUGCGCUUGCCAUCGGCGGAACUAGUUCUAGAAAAUACUAAGUACAAUAAGUUAUGGCCUCGCUUUGCAACUGAGAACUCCCCUCGUCGUGUUCCUUGCAAAAGGAGACUUGCAGUUACUGCUAGUAUCGCUGACUUGUAAUCUCUUAAUGAUUAUGUAAAGAUUUGGGUCUUCUAUGUUUGUCAAGCCGGCUUGGAAAUGGGUACAGGUAUUAUGCGAUCGCAGGUCCUUAGACUUUAUGGAUGUACAGAAGGCUAAGUGACUAGGAAUAACCCAGAAGUUGAGCUCCAUAUCUGACACAGUACAAGCAUAUGCAAUCGUCCUUUGAUCUGGUAUUUCUUUGCGGCAACAGCCUCCACCUAUGAGUACGCCCAGCGACGACCUGACCCUUUUCAACUUGCGGUUACACUUCUAACAAUGCUGUGCUUUUUAUUGUCUAUAACAGCUCGUUAGCUUACUUUUCCAUGUUCACCUGGCCUUGACAACACAAUUUUUGAAGUCAGUGGCUUUCAGUGCUAAGGGGCCAUCGCGCGGCGUUAAGGGCGCUUAGGUCUAGAAAGAUGGAUAGUCAAGCGCGGAUCAAGGCAAACCUGCGCCACAUCCAGGAUUUUGAAGCGAAGCCUAACCCUAAGCCCCUCCCCGAGACGGCUGUUACGCGUGGCUUUGAGAAAGUAGCGUUUCCCAAAUUGGUUUCGGAGCUCCAAUGCGACAACCCAAUCGUACGGCAAAAAUCACUCCUAGCGGCCCGUGAAUUGCUGUCAUCUCCAGUCAACCACAUACAAUGCGUGGCGGCUGGAGCUACUCCAGCCAUCGUGGCCCUGCUGCAGGACCCCGACCCGCUCACCCGCACCUACGCCGCCGGCACGCUGCGCUGCCUGGUGUGCAAGGAGGUGGGCUCGCGCGACCUGGUGCAGCACGGCGGGCUGCAGGCGCUGGCGGCGGCGCUGGAGGACGAGUGCGAGGCGGUACGGGAUGACGCUUACGGCGCGCUGAUUGAGGCGGCUCGCUUCGACUCCACCCGGCGGGCGCUGGAGGGUCUGGCCAGCCUGCUGCCCCGGGUGAUGGAGCUGGUGCUGCAGGAGGUGGCGGGCGGGGCGUUCGAGCGGGCGCAGCAAGGGCUGACGCUGCUGUACGCGUGCACGCAGGUCCGUCGCAACGCGGAGGUGUUGUCGCAGCUGAUCGACACGGCGGACGCCAUCCCGCACCUGGCGGAGCUGCUGCGACCCACGGGUCAGCCGGAGCCCGUGCGGCAUGCGGCUGCAGAGCUGCUGGGGGCGCUAGCCUCGCGGGAGGAUGGCAAGAUACAGGCCGUGCAGGUGGGCAGCGUGCCGCUGCUGCUGCUGGCCGCCACCCCCGCCUGUCCGGUGCCCUUCGCCACCGCCGCUGUGGGCGCGCUGGCGGCGAUCACCAUCCGGCGGGAGGGCAAAUAUGCGGUGGUGGAGACGCCGGGCGGGCUGGCAGGGCUGGUUUCGGUGCUCAACCCCACGCACGAGCAGCUGUGCAUAAACGCCAUGACGGCCAUUUGCAAUGUGGCGGAGGCGCCGGAGGCGAGGGAGGUGCUUGCGGACAGCGGCGCGGCCCCCAAGCUUCACCACAUCUUCGAGUACGCCACCUCGGAGCCCGUCAAACGAAGCGCGGCGCAAGCGAUACGGCAGUGCCGCUUCAGACACCUGCCGUACGAGGUACUGCCGGGGGCGCCGCCGCUACGGGAGGACUCGGUGCUGCUGGCGGCAGCGGAGGCGGCGGCGGCGGCCGAAGCGGCGGUGGUUGGGGCGGCAGCGGCGGCACAGCAGCAACAGCAGCAGCAAUGAGGAGGUUCGGAAAAGGGAAGGGGUGGAGGCGGAGUCAGCAGGUGGUGUUGUAUGGUAUAGGUCCCUAUAGAUGGUAGCAGUUGCAUGUGAGGGCAGGGAUACGUGGAUGCAGGGGUAGCUAGUAGUAGUAGUGGUGGCAGCAGGUGUGUCAGAGGUACCGGAGUUGCAGGGUUUUGGAAUUUAGGUGCGUACUGGUUUGCUAAUUACAAGGUGGGAGGUGGAGAGGCUUACUGCGAGGACCGGCGUCCGUCAGCAGGGGGGCGUGUGAGUGCAUGGAAGUCAUGGUGUGCUGCGGAAGGUAAGGGAGGCGGAAGGCAUGAGCACUGCAGGAGAGUGCGCACAUGGAGGCAUUGCGCUAGGCAUGGCGGCGCAGUGACGGCGCAGUUUAACAGGUAUCCGUCGCGGUUAGCGGAUGCGCUGUUGUGGAGCAGUACCGUAUACCGUCCUGUGUGCGGAGGCCAUUACAGGCUGCUGACGGCAGUGCUGCGGGUCGGGCUCUAAACUGUCGUGAUGCAAUCAUUAUGGUUGACGGCGCACAUGAGGAAUGCAAGCAAACUGCAAGGCU